UUUCAGAAUGACAAAGCCAAAAUUCAGAUGUUGCCCUGCUUGCCAGGUUGAGAACCAGGCGAUUAGGAAGUUCUGCAUCGCCUGCUAUGCAAGCCUCAGCAAAAGUAAAAAGAUUGAGGCCCUCAAAGAUCGCCUGGAUAAUGAGUGGGGUCAGGGGGUCUGGAAAAAUCGGAAUGCAGCAAGAGUGGUUUCUUCUGCCCAAGUUGCAGUGCAGAAACUGGCUGCCUUGGGCUAUAUGCCCAUUUUAUUUAUAGGCAGAAAAAAAAAAAAAAUUCAUGGAUUGCUGAUAUAAGUGCUGGAAUGGCACUGAGUGAGGACACAAUACCUUUUGUUGAUGCCAUGAAAAAGGCAUAUGAGUAUUUACUUAAAAAGCAAGGACCCCAGAUGUCUCAGCCCCAGCCCCAACCUGACCAGCAUAUCUCCACAACAGAGCCCCAGCCCCCAGAGUCUCCGGUCCACCAUCAGCCGCAGAUACAGCUCCAGGUCCCGACCCAGCCACAGCCCCAGCAAAGUCAGCCACGGACUGCCAAACCAAACCCCAACAAAAGAAACAAGGAGCCCCAGCCCCCAGAGUCUCCGGUCCACCAUCAGCCGCUGAUACAGCUCCAGGUCCCGACCCAGCCCCAGCCCCAGCCCCAGCAAAUUCAGCCACAGACUGCCUCUGAUCAGAAUCUCUGAGGACAGCUACAUAUU